AUGGCUGGAGUGGUUACAUAUACUGGGGCUAAAAUUAUUCAGAAUGCUCGCAUACUGGUUGAAAAGAUUGGAAAGUCACUUGAGUUAGAUACAGAUGGUAUCUGGUGUGCACUUCCUGGAUCUUUUCCAGAGAACUUUACUUUCAAAACAAAAGAUUUGAAGAAGAAGCUGACUAUCUCAUAUCCAUGUGUUAUGUUGAAUGUUGAUGUAGCAGAAAACAAUACAAAUGAUCAGUACCAGACCUUGACAGAUCCUUUGACCAAAUCUUAUACAACACAUAGUGAAUGCUCAAUUGAAUUUGAAGUGGAUGGACCAUACAAGGCAAUGAUUAUUCCAGCUUCAAAAGAAGAGGGAAUUUUGAUUAAGAAGCGAUAUGCAGUUUUCAACGAUGAUGGGACCCUUGCUAAACUUAAAGGUUUUGAAAUUAAGCGUAGAGGUGAGCUGAAGCUCAUCAAAGUUUUCCAGGCUGAGCUUUUCGACAAGUUUCUCAAUGGCUCAACCUUAGUGGAAUGCUAUUCAGCUGUUGCUUCUGUUGCCAACCGCUGGCUUGAUCUUCUUGAUAAUCAAGGAAAGGAUAUUGCGGACAGUGAGUUGCUCGAUUAUAUAUUUGAAUCAAGUACCAUGAGUAAGUCUAUAGCAGACUACCAAAGUCAUCAUCGACAUUCACAAUAA